CACCCCAUUUCAGUGAACAAACAAGUAGCUGCUAAGCUUUUUGUGUUCCCCAACUGAAAGUUCAGCUAUGUCUUCUCUGCUUUGGAGUUCCAUUGCUAUGUGUGUAGCAGUCCUUCAGCUAUGUUGCUUUGGAUUUGCACACCCGUCAUCCUCCUCUCACCCUGAUAGGAUCACUCUCUUACCAGGUCAACCCCAAGUUGAGUUCAAUCAGUUUUCAGGUUAUGUGACAGUUGAUGAGAAAAACCAAAGAGCACUUUUCUUCUACUUUGCUGAAGCUGAGAAGGAUGCAGCUUCCAAGCCCCUUGUUCUAUGGCUCAAUGGAGGGCCUGGUUGUUCUUCUCUGGGGGUUGGUGCAUUUGCAGAGAAUGGACCAUUGAGGCCUAAAGGAGAGGGCUUGGUUAGGAACCAAUUUAGCUGGAACAGAGAGGCAAAUAUGCUGUACUUGGAAUCUCCAAUUGGAGUGGGGUUCUCUUACUCAGCUGAUACUUCAUCUUAUAUGGGAGUGAAUGACAAGAUUACUGCCAAGGAUAACCUGAUGUUCUUGCAAAACUGGUUAGUGAAGUUUCCAGAAUACAGGAACAGGAGUUUGUUCAUUGUAGGAGAAAGCUAUGCAGGUCAUUAUGUUCCUCAACUGGCUGAGCUUAUGCUCCAACUCAACAAAAAGGAGAAGCCGUUCAACUUAAAAGGAAUUGCUCUUGGUAACCCACUUCUAGAAUUUUCAACAGACUUCAAUUCAAGAGCUGAGUUCUUCUGGUCUCAUGGAUUAAUCUCAGACACAACAUAUGGAAUGUUCACUUCUGUUUGUAACUACUCAAGAUAUGUGAGGGAAUACUAUGGUGGUUCUGUUUCUCCUAUCUGUUCACGUGUGAUGAGCCAAGUUACUACAGAAACUAGUAGAUUUGUUGACAAGUAUGAUGUGACCCUUGAUGUUUGUAUUUCUUCAGUGUUUUCACAAACCAAAGUCCUCAGUCCCCAGCAAGGUACUGAAACCAUAGAUGUAUGUGUGGAAGAUGAAGCAGCCAAUUAUCUGAAUAGGAAAGAUGUUCAAUCUGCUUUACAUGCACAUCUUGUUGGGGUGCAAAGAUGGUCUGUUUGCAGCAAUGUCUUGAAUUAUGAGUUCCGUGACUUGGAGAUACCAACAAUCACAGCUGUAAGCAAGCUAGUCAAGGCAGGAUUACCUGUAUUGGUAUACAGUGGUGAUCAGGAUUCAGUUAUCCCAUUGACUGGAAGUAGAACUUUGGUGCAUCAAUUGGCAAAAGAACUAGGAUUGAAGACCACAGUGCCAUACAGGGUCUGGUUUGAAGGGAAACAGGUGGGUGGGUGGACUCAGGUUUAUGGUAACAUCCUUUCAUUUGCCACCAUCAGGGGAGCAUCACAUGAAGCUCCAUUUUCACAGCCUGAGAGAUCACUUGUGCUGUUCAGGUCCUUCUUACAAGGCCAUGCUCUUCCAGAAGAAUUUUGAUAUAUGCUCUCUGUGAAAUUGUUUACUUUGUAGUUAAACCCUUUGAGACUGAAUUGGACUUGUUUGAUUGUUAAUCAAAUCUGUGAGGGUAGAAAAAUUUGUAAAGUGCUCAAGCAGGAAAGGAUGAAAAAUAUGGUUUUCUUUUCCUCA